AUGGCCAAGAUCGGCUGCUUCUGUGCUCUGCUCGGUGGCAAGGGCAAGAAAUUCAAGGACGUGAAGAAGGUUCCGCACGCCAAAAGGGCCAACGGAAGCGACUGGCAGAAGGUGAAGCCGGUGGAGUCCAUGGACGGCACGGUCGCCGCCUCCGUCGACAACAGCGCCCCUGCACCAGCAUGCCGCGACACAAAAGUUGUCGCAGUGACAGCCGCCGAGCUGCCAUGCCAAGGCCGUGACGACGACAAGGCCUCCCCAGCGAGGGACGUCGGCCUCGUCGGAGGCGCAGCCACGGACUCGUCCGGCUACAACAGCGACAAGGAUGCUGCCGGCACCGGCACACCGGACGUCGUGAGCGAGCUGCCGUUGCCGGCGACUCCAGCGAGGCUGGAGCGCUCGUGCUCCAACAUCGAGACGGCGAGGCCUGGCUGGAAGGCGUUCGACCUGCUGCUGCCGCCGGCCAAGUCGCGCUCCCACGGCGACCUCGCGACCUUGCCCGCCGGCGCCGGUAGCUUGUUCGCCAGCCCCAACGGCGGGCCGGGCGGCUCCAGCCCGGCGCCGUCCGUGAGGUCGACGUGCAGCGCGGACCGCGUGAUGCUCAAGAGGAGGUCGUCCAGCCAGGUGCUCCCGUCCCGGAGCCGGAAGCUGUGGUGGCGGCUGUUCAUGUGGAGCCACCGGAACCUGCACCGGCCGGGCGCCGCCACAUCGAGCACCUUGCCACCCGCGGACACACACCACCAAAUGUUCCACUCCCAUCGCCAGCAGCACGACGGGUACACGUCCGACACCUUCGGCACCGCGGCGGACGGCAACUGCAAGAACAAGGAGAUCGCCGCGGUGGAGGAAGAGCCGACGUGCCCGAACCAGUGGGUGGCGUUCUCGGCGGAGGUCUCGUCGUCGCUGGACCGCGUCAGCGCGUGGGUGAGCAGCCUCGGGGACAGCUCGCUGCUGAUCCACGCCGAGGAGCAGGAGGAGGAGGACGACGAGGAAGAGGAGUGGAACGGCAUCACCGAGACCGAGAUCGGCGAGCCGUCGGGUACGACGACGAAGGGCCACGCGCAGGCGCAGACGCGGCAGAAGCGGCGCAGCAGGGCGGCGGAGGAGGCGGUGCAGCAGGCGAGCAGCAUCGUGCAGACGCUCAACGCCUUCUCCUCGGUGGCGCACAUCUCCGGCAUGGGGCUCAAGGCCGUGCCCAUGAUCUCGGCCUUCUCCAGCCUCCGGGCGGUGAACCUCUCCGGCAACUUCAUCGCUCACAUCUCGGCCGGGUCGCUGCCCAAGGGGCUGCACUCGCUGGACCUGUCCCGGAACAGCAUCGCCAGCAUCGAGGGCCUCCGGGAGCUGACGCGGCUGCGCGUGCUCAGCCUCAGCUACAACCGGAUCGCGCGCAUCGGCCACGGCCUGUCGAGCUGCACGGCGCUGAGGGAGCUGUACCUGGCGGGGAACAAGAUCAGCGACGUGGAGGGGCUGCACCGGCUGCUCAAGCUGGCGGUGCUGGACCUGAGCUUCAACAGGGUCACCACCGCCAGGGGGCUCGGCCAGCUCGUCGCCAACUACAACUCGCUCCGGGCGCUCAACCUGCUGGGCAACCCCGUGCAGGCCAACGUCGGCGACGACGCGCUCCGCAAGGCCGUCUCCGGCCUCCUGCCGCUGCUCGCCUACCUCAACAAGCAGGCCCUCAGGCCGCAGCGCGCGCGCGAGGCCGCCAAGGACAGCGUCGCCAAGGCCGCGCUCGGGAACAACCUCUGGAGCUCGCGGCGGCGCGCGGGCUCCACGGCGCGCCGCCUCGGCCACAGCCCCGGCUCGUCGUCGGCCAGGAGGGAGGGGAGCGGCGGCCGGAGCAGGUCCCUGAGCGGGGUUCAGGCACGGAGGUGA